AUCAUGAAUACUCCUAUGAUGUGUACAUCUUUGGGAGUAAUAAGGAAAGGUUCAUGGACUGAAGAAGAAGAUAUCCUUUUGAGGAAAUGUAUUGAUAAGUAUGGAGAAGGAAAGUGGAAUCUUGUUCCAACUAGAGCUGGAUUAAAUAGAUGCAGGAAAAGUUGUAGACUGAGGUGGCUAAAUUAUCUAAGGCCACAUAUCAAGAGAGGUGACUUUGAUGGGGAUGAAGUGGAUCUCAUCUUGAGACUUCAUAAGCUCUUAGGCAAUCGAUGGUCACUUAUUGCUGGUAGACUUCCAGGAAGGACAGCUAACGAUGUGAAAAACUAUUGGAACACUAACCUUCUAAGGAAGCUAAAUACUAGUACUAAAUUUGCUCCUCAACCACAAGAAGGAAUCAAUACUAGUACUAUUGCUCCUCAACCACAAGAAGGAAUUAAGUGUGGGCAAGCCAAUGCCAUAAUAA